CCCUACUCGGCCCCCUGACGUCAGGAGGUAGGAGUGGAAGUGUGUGAGUGUGAGUUCAUGCUCUGGGGUGCUGCAUGUUCUCUCUCACACACACUGCCAAGUAGCCCAAGUCCAUCUUUUCCCUGGCAGCUCUAAGAAGACAGAGGGGGGAGCUUCCUGAGUCAGGCUGACACAAGGCCCAAGACUGAAGCAGGCAACUCCAGGAAGCUUUUGGAGGCCCAACCAUAAGUUUCAUCCCCAGCCCCGUCCACUCCACACUCUGAAGACGCGCCUACCCACUGGGCUUCUCCACCAUGUCCUCUGAGCCCACCUCGCCCCCUGUAGUGCCACCUCUGCACUCCCCCAAGUCCCCUGUGUGGCCCACGUUCCCCUUCCAUCGGGAGGGGAGUCGCAUCUGGGACCGGGGCAGCAGCCUCCUGCUCAGAGACCUGCCCAGCCCCCUCCCCACCAAGAGAACCAGGACCUAUUCUGCCACCGCUCGGGCCUCGGCUGGGCCUGUAUUCAAGGGCGUCUGCAAGCAGUUCUCGAGAUCCCAGGGCCACGGCUUCAUCACGCCAGAGAAUGGUACAGAGGACAUAUUCGUCCACGUGUCUGACAUCGAGGGGGAGUAUGUCCCCGUGGAGGGAGAUGAGGUGACCUACAAGAUGUGUCCCAUUCCACCGAAAAACCAGAAGUUCCAGGCGGUGGAGGUGGUGCUGACGCACCUGGCCCCCCACACUAAGCACGAGACAUGGUCCGGCCAGAUCAUCGGCUCCUAG